UCAUUCGUUAGUUAGUAUCGAUACGGUUCACUUCUCAGUAUACAUCUGAUCUUUUAUUCAGUCUCACAAACGGCAAAAGCGAAGCAGAGCAAAGGCGAAACUUUUCGUGAAGAAUAAUCCAAAUCAGAUCUUAUUACGCUUGUGGUUCAAUUGAAAAAGACCUGUAUUAUGUUCAACAGUUUGUACUCGUACUCGGAGAAUGUGCAGAGAUGGCAUUUGAUAGCAAUAUGUAUAGUGGGAUACGUGGUCUAUUAUUUAAUUGAAGUUGUGAAGCACCCUACACUAGCUGUAUCACAUGGAGCGUUCAAAGAAUUCCUGUUGAAGAAUGUUCCUUCCAUUGAAUCGAAAUUUUGGCCAACAAUAUGGUGUAUUGAAAGUCGAGCUCAAACAUUAGUAGCAAGUGCAUUGCGACAAACAAUUUUUCCAACCAUUUACUACAGACGUGAAAUUUUCACAUUAAAGGAUGGUGGUAUAGUUGCGCUGGAUUGGAUGGAAGACGGCUGUGAGAAGUCAUCUCCACUCAUUCUUAUUUUACCAGGACUUACAGGAGAAUCUCGUCACGACUAUAUCAGGUGCUUGGUUAUGGCAGCGCAGAGUAUCGGAGUUCGUACAGUAGUUUUUAACAAUCGUGGAUUAGCUGGAGUAGAACUGAAAACUCCUCGAUUAUAUUGUGCUGCUAAUAUUGAAGAUCUAUCAGAGGUUGUAAAUCAUAUAAAAAAUCAAAAUCCGAACGUCCGACUGGGUGCAACUGGAAUAUCAAUGGGCGGGCUGAUAUUAGGAAAUUAUAUGGCCGAGAAUGGCGUUGAAGCUAGUAACAUAUUCACAGCAUGUCAAAUAAUUUCCGUUCCAUGGAAUGUUCACAAAUUAUCCGAAAGCAUUGAGAAGCCGUAUUUGAAUUGUCUGAUUGGUCAAUAUCUAACGAAUAAUAUGUCCAGCACUGUGAACAAUUAUUGUGAAUUUUUGAAACUUGAUAAACAAGAAAUGGACAGAAUUUUUCAGUGCAAAACCAUCAAACAAUUCGAUUCACAUUUUACAUCGAAACAUUUUGGCUACGAAGAUGUCGAACAAUAUUACAGGGCCGCAUCAUUACAUGACAAAUUACACAAGAUAACUACACCAAUGCUUUGCCUAAACGCUGCAGAUGAUCCGUUGCAACCAUUUGAUGCAAUCCCGAUAAGUGCUGCACUAAAAUCAUCGCAUGUAGCUAUCGUCAUAACGGCUCGAGGAGGCCAUAUCGGAUUUUUAGAAGGAAUGUGGCCCAUCUUAAAGGAUCAAUAUAUUUCGAGAAUAUUUAGUCAAUACUUUGCGGCUACUUUAUUUGAUGAUGCUGAUUUUGGUGGAACCUCUGAAGAGAUGAUGCAUGAAUUCAAGCUUUUGAAUUCGGGAAUAAACUCAGAUUUGAAUUCAGUUGACGCGAUGGCAGAUUAAAAAUUUUUCAUUUGAGUUGAAU